AUGGGCCUCCUCCCCAGCCUCAACCUCUUCGGCCCCGCCAGCGAAGCCGACAAGCGGGCGACCGAGGUGCGCAGCGGGGCCGUGGCGCCGAGCCGCGCCGAGCGCGCCCGCUGCUGGGAGGCGCGCGACGCCUACUUUGCCUGCCUGGACGCCGGUGGCAUCGUCGACGCCGUCAAGGACGACAGGAAGGCCGCGGCCGCGUGCGGGGCCGAGAGCGGCCGGUUCGAGAAGGACUGCGCCGCGCAAUGGGUCACAUAUUUCAAAAAGUGGCGGGUGCAGGACAUUCAGAAAAAAGCGAGGUUGAAGGAGCUCGAAGCACAAGGGGCUAGCAAGAUGGACGUUCAGACCGACUUCGCCGCCCGGAAGUGAAAUCCACGGCUGAUCGCGAGCUGAACAAAAGCGCGGGUUUGUGACGAUCCUGCCGGGGUGUAACAUACGAUGUAAUAUGUCUGUCUAUUUAUAUGGGAUACCCGGCGGCCCGGCGUUGGCCCAGGUUGGGUAUAGAAUCAUGAACUCUUUUCUCAAAA